AUGGCAGACGCGCAAACGGCCCGCCUCUGUGCACAGAUCAUCAACUCCCACUUCGGUCCUUUGACCGCGAAAGUCGCCGAUGCCCUCCUCACCCGCGGCCGGCUACCUGUCCCCCAAAUCGUUCGCGCGACUGGCCUGCGCCCGCGCACCGUACGCGCCGCCUGCCUCGUCCUCCUGCAGCACAAUGUCCUGUGGUACGCGCUCGAUCCAAUUGACGGCGAAGUCCUCGAGAUCAGCCCCGAAGAGUGCAUGCUGCGCCUGAGGUUUGGACGCGCGGUGUGGCAGGCAGGGCAGCUGUUCGGGCAGGCGGGCUCAGAUAUCGUGCAACUGGUACUUGACCAUGGGAAGCUCCGGCCACCACAUAUAGUGGAACAGCUAUCUUUGUCCAGCCCCAAGGAAACCUCCCUUCACCGCCAAACCCUACAUAAGCUCGUCACCCUCGCCUAUCUCAAGCCCUCCACACCCAAACGGCACCUGUCCCCGCGCGACAAGGCCAUCAAAUACGAACUCGAGGAGAAGGCGAAGAUCGCGGGCUUCCCCACCGCGAAGGAGUUAAGGGAGGCGAAGGAGGCUGCGGUCGCGAGAUUGAGGAGGGAGGAGGAUGAGGAUGCGGCAUGUGGGCUGGACGAAGUGUACUUCCGAGUCAACUUUGACAAGUUCAACACGCAUAUUCGCAAUCAGUUGAUAGAGAAAGCUGCAAGAGAACGGUUCAAUGAAGGCGCUGCUGCUGUUAUGCGCGCUGUCCUGAAGGCCACCGAGUCUACACAGACCAGUUUGACGGAAGAGCGUUCAGACGCCGUGUCCAUCGGCAACAUCAUCCUCAACAUCCCUGAAGACGCUGACCUCGCAUCCGGCCUCGCCAUCUCCGCCUCCAAAGCCUCCAAAUCCACCUGCACAAAACACUACCUCCACCUCCUCGCCUGCGCCGACAACCCCACCCCCACCGGCCGCGCCUCCGCCUUCCUCUCCUACGGCUCGAAGAUCCAGGCAGAAUUCGGGCUGAUUGGUAGACGACUGAGACGACAUGUUCUGGAGGCCUCGGCAAGAGAGAAGCACGGGCCGAACGGACUGAGGGUGGUUAGACUGUUGCUUGGGAGCGGAAAGCAAGACGACAAGCAGGUCGCGCAUGGGGUGAUGCUGCCAGCGAAGGAUGUGCGGACGGUUCUCGCGGCGCUGGCGGCGGACUCGCUAGUGAGCACGCAGGAGGUACCGAAGACGGCGGAUCGGAAUCCGACGAGGACGUUCUACCUUUGGCACGUCGAUCAGACGAAAGCGUACACUGUCCUCCUUGGCGAGCUGUACAAGACGCUGUACAACAUUGGGGUGCGCCGGCAGGCGGAACGGGAGGAGCCGAUGGUGCGGGCGGUCCUGGAGAAGCGGCAGCGGACGGACGUGCGGGCGGACGAGAAUUUGCUGACACGGCUCGACCGGGAGAUCUUGGGCGAGUGGGAGCGGAAGGAGGAAAAGCUGACGGUACUUGAGAUGCGCGUGGAAGAGUGCGUGUUUCUGUUGCGGGACCUCGGCGUGCUGGGGUCGGAGGAGAUCCCCGUGUAG